UCACUCAGUAGAGGACUAAACCCAGCAGAAGCAUGAUGAUGAACGGCAGCAGGUUGGUCGGUCAGUCGGUUAGAGUCGGUCAUCGGCUGCUGGUCGGUAACAUUCAGCUCCUCCAGCAGAGAAACAUCCAGACCAACAACAGACAGCUGGCUUAUGCCAAAGACCUGUUCCUGGGACAGGUGAACAAGGCCGAGGUCUUCCCUUAUCCAGAAGUUGGAAAUGAAGAAGUGGAGGAAAUCAACCAGCUUGUUGCACCCGUGGAAAAAUUCUUCAAUGAGGAAGUUGACUCGGCGAGGAUUGACCGAGAAGCCAGUAUCCCUCCAGAGACUAUGAAUGGGUUGAAGGAGCUCGGGCUGUUUGGAAUCAUGAUUCCUGAGGAGUAUGGUGGUCUCGGAUUGACCAACACCGUGUAUGCACGACUGGCAGAGAUCACCUCGUUAGACGGCUCUAUUGCUGUAACGCUGGCUGCACAUCAAGCCAUCGGACUGAAGGGGAUCCUGAUUGCAGGAAACGAAGCCCAGAAGCAGAAGUAUCUGCACAAACUGGCCUCAGGAGAACACAUCGCAGCUUUCUGUCUGACGGAGCCUGGAAGUGGAAGUGAUGCCGCCUCCAUUCAGACCCGCGCAACCCUGUCAGAAGACGGAAAACAUUACCUGAUCAACGGCUCCAAGUUUUGGAUUUCAAACGGAGCCACGGCAGAUAUUAUGACGGUGUUUGCCAGGACGGAGGUGGAGGUAGAUGGCGUGAAGAAAGACAAGAUUUCGGCGUUUAUCGUGGAGAGGGCUUUCGGGGGCAUCACCAGCGGCAAGCCGGAGGACAAGCUGGGCAUCCGGGGCUCCAACACUUGUGAAGUGUCCUUUGACAACGUCCCAGUGCCUGUGGAGAAUGUAAUAGGAGAAAUAGGAGGUGGAUUCAAGGUCGCCAUGAACAUCCUGAACUCAGGGAGGUUCAGUAUGGGCAGUUCUUCAGCUGGAAUGAUUAAAAAACUGAUCGAAAUGACAUCUGAGUACGCCGCGACCAGGAAGCAGUUCAACAAAAGCCUGGCUGAAUUUGGGAUGAUUCAGGAGAAGUUUGCAUUGAUGGCUCUUAAUGCCUUCGUGAUGGAGAGCAUGGCGUACCUGACGGCGGGGAUGAUGGACAGACCGGGGCUUCCGGACUGUUCUCUAGAGGCUGCCAUGGUUAAGGUGUUCAGCUCAGAGGGAGGCUGGAUUUGUGUCAGUGAAGCUCUUCAGAUCCUCGGAGGUCUGGGUUAUACCAAGAACUACCCGUACGAGCGCUUCGUCAGGGACUGCCGCAUCCUGCCCAUCUUUGAGGGUACCAAUGAAAUCCUGAGGAUGUACAUCGCUCUCACUGGGAUGCAGCACGCUGGCAAAGUCCUCACAGGCAAAAUAAAGGAGAUGAAGAAAGGAAAUAUAGGUAUGGCUUUGGGCAUGGUGGGCAAGAAACUGAGGAGCUCAUUCGGAAGCUCAGCGGACCUCGGCCUGACGGGGAAAGAUGGAGUGGUGCAUCCCAGCUUGACAGAAAGUGCAAAGAAGUUGGAGGAGAACGUCAACCUGUUUGGAUCGACUGUGGAGAGCCUGCUGUACAGAUAUGGAAAGACCAUCGUGGAUGAGCAGCUCAUCCUGAAGAGAGUAGCAGAUGUGCUGAUCAACCUCUACGCUAUGACGGCUGUCCUUUCCAGAACCAGCCGCUCCAUCAGCAUCGGGCUCAGGAAUCACGACCACGAGGUGCUGCUCGCAAACACAUUCUGCAGCGAGGCUUUCUUCAAGAACAAUUAUAUGAUGACUCAGUUGCAAAAACACUCUCCUGAGAACAACGAUGCCGACAUCAAGAAGAUCGCCAAGGAGGUCUUGGAGAACCGAGCUUACGUCUGCUCUCACCCUCUUGAAAGAACAUACUGAGCUCUCCCGGGUGACCGUGAUGGAGAGGCAAAGCCCCUCUCUGGUGGAUCACCAUGGGACUUUAUUUCGGAGUUUGAAUUGUGCCACACGUACGAUGUUUGUCAAUUUAAAAGAUCAUUUUGCGAGUCAAUAAAGUCUCAAUUUGUCUCAGUAUCAUUUAGCUUGUUCUUUCUCCUCCCAGCUGAUAAAAACACCAGGAGUCGCUGGAUGAAACACAUCAGGUAAGACAACGUUUCAUCUGUGCGUGGAACAUAGCUACGUUAGCUAGUGUUGGUGACGUAUAGACGAGAGAUUUAGUUCAACGGUUUCACACAAAACUAAAUGACACUACGACAAACUGAGACUUUCUGGACUCGCAAACUUAUCUUUUAAAUUGUCAAACAUCAUCUGUGUGAUUCAUGGAGCAAUUCAAACGGGAUCUAAACAUUUUUUUAUCUCUUUCCGUUGACUACCAUUCAUAUUUAUUCCGAAAUGAGGUCCCAUGUGGUGGGAAGGGGCUUCGCCUCUCUAUAGAAGCGUCUCCUCUAUUCAGACAAUUCACGGUUCCAAUGAUCUUUUCUCUUCUAUUAGUGCUCACUUUGAUUGAUCAUAUCUGUACAUCUGAUUAAUAAAUUAAGAUAUUUAUGUUAUUAGUUACUGUAUUUUAAUAACCGUGGCUUCAAAGAUAACACUUUUUGGAAAAUGGCCGUUCUCUUCUGAUGGCGUUUUUUGAGCUUUAUUCAAAGUGCUCUUAGUGCUAUAAUUAAUAAUUGCACAAGAUCUUAGUUUAAUGCUUAUUGGUCUUCAGUGUACAGUUUUUGUGGGUUCUGGCUUCUACUAAUAUUCCUGAAAGGCUGGACAGCGGAUGUCUUCAUGUCGGGUUCAUGAAAAGUGAAGACGCUCUUCUCCUCGUCGGUCAGAGGCAGCGCCGUCCGCUUGUACAGGAACGAAUGCUGCUUAUUGAAUUCACUGUAAGAAGCAACAGAACAUAGAACAUAGCACACAUGAGCAUAAAACCCUCUGUGAUUUUCUCAAGUAUCUUUUUGCUGAAUAAAGAUUGUAACUUAAACUGA